AUGGACUUCCCAGACCCUAACAGACGUGAGUCUGCGAGUGGAAAAGGCGUAGAGCCUGAGAACUACCCUCUCGGCGGACAUGACAUUUUCAAGGUUUCAGAUGAGACCCUGACCGAACUCUUCAGCACCGCGCCAAUUCUCCAUUCCUACCAAGGAACGCGUAUUGUGCGCCUGUCACAGAAAUUGAUUCUUAAAGGCGGGGUCAAUGCACGGCCUUGCGAAGCUAGCAUCCUUGACCUUAUUGCUAGGGCGGGAGAGGAAAACGAAUUACAAUCAACCCCAGUGCCCAAGGUUCAUCGAGUUCUUAACAUCGAAACGGAAGGCGUCUUUUUCGGGUGCAGAUGCCUUAUGGUCAUGGAUUUCAUCAAAGGCAGAACAGUCGAGGAAUGCUGGGAUGAGCUGAGUCCGACAGAACGCGCGGAUGUCGUCUCCCAGGUUGCUUCGAUGAUCAACACUCUACACUCUAUUCCACUAUCCCAGGAGCAGGCCCAGCAGCCUGGCCCUGUGGAUUGCAAAAAGUGCGUGGCCCGUGGUUACUGGUUUCCCGACAGGGGAGCCGGCCCAUUUGGCUCGACAGAGCAAUUAGAGGCGUGGUUCAACCGUCGACUUGAGAUCACUCAACACUUUAAGCAGGCACCAAAGGAUGCUCCCCUAUUUCAUUUCGACAGGCUGGUUCUCACACACCUCGAUAUUGCGCCCCGGAACUUAAUCCUGGGUCCUGAUGGCAAAGUUUGGCUGAUCGACUGGGCAGACUCUGGGAUAUAUCCAGAAGGAUUCGAGUUUGCGGCACUUCAUUCACGGAGAUCCUCUGCGCCAGAGUUCACUGAUAUGCUACUUGAGAUGAUCCCCAGCAUGAAAAAGUGGCGAAGCAAUUGA